AUGUUUGGAAGAUCAUCAUGGCAACAGCCACCAGUUGCAAAGUCAAGUGCAAAUGCUGCUGCUGCCUCUGCAUUUAACUCAAUAAUGGACAGAAGAAAAAACGAAAAUGAUGUAAAUAAAGGAACUGCACCAAUCUACAAGAAACCAUCACGUUCCGCUUCUUUAAAUAAUCUUAGACGAAAUUCAAUACUAAGAAGCCCUUCCAAUAGUAGAAACAAUAGUCUCACUUCUUCACCAAGUACAAAAAUAUCAGCAACUCAAAAUAAAGAGAUAAGGAAUUCGUCACUUGAGAAAAGGGCGAAAUCUAAUUCUAUAAAAAGAUCAUCGUCAGUUAAUAUAAGAGCCUCGGGGAGCCACUCUUCUCUUCGAGCUUCAAGUUUACCUACCAGAAAACCGACAUCUGCGAACCACCAAACACCAAGAACCAGCCUGCUUAACGAUCAGAAAUCAUCAAAUGAUCUAUCAGCCGCUCAAAAUACAUUUAGGGAAUUUGGUGGGAAACAAACGAAAGGUAUAAUCCAUUCUAGCCAAAAUAAUAAUGAUAUCAAAAAUAAACCACCACAACAAACUAUAAGAAAAUAUGUUCCAACACGUAAUGGGUUAGUCGCGGUAAAUAUUCCAGUAAAUAUCGUGGAACAACAAGAUAAACAGAAUAAACAAGCUUCAAAAGUUAGUAGAGCUCGUAAUUCCAUGUCCAUUCGAAAAAAAGUGUCGCAAGAAAAUUUACAUUCUAACGUCACGAAAAGACAUUCUUCUUUGAAUAGUGUUACUCAAUUGGAUCAUUCGCUUGAAUCAGAGGGGCCAUUAAUCGAAGAGCCACUAGUUGAAGAAACAGAACAAGAACUUUCGGAUGAUAAAAACAAUAAUACCAGUAAUAAUGAUAAUAUCGAUGAUCAUUGCAUGAGUUUAGAUGAACUAUUGAAUGAAAAUAUUACAUUAGAGCAAAAAAUCAUGAUGGAAGAAAAAAAUAUAGAGAAAUUCAGGAAAAUGGGUAUGGGAAAAAAUUUAAGCAAGGAGAGUCAAAAACUCCUCAAUAGUAAUAAACAAACUGCAAAGCCUUCUAUUAGAACCGAGAUCAUGCCUGGUAAAAAUACAGUAAAGAACUCUGAUAAAGAGCGAAAAGAUAGUAUAACGAAUGAAUCACUUCAAACAGCUAUAUCUAACCAAUUUUUUACUACAAAGAAGACAACAACUGUAGAAGGUCAAACUAAUAAUAAUAUUCGUAAAGUACCAAAUAAUAAGGCAAAUAAAAACAGUCAAGAAGCUACUAAUCAAAACCCAAUAUCAAAUAACAAAAAAUCUGCGACGAAAACCAUCGAUUCAAUGAAAAAAACAACUUUCGCUUCUAACGUUAAAAAAAAUGGAUUGACUAAGACUACUAUAAACCAGCCAACCACAUCAAAGAAAGAUACUCCUAACAAACUUCGUAAUAUGGCGUAUUACUUCAGGCCUCACAAAGCUAAUGAAGAAGUUUCAACAGGAACCCAUAAAGUGCACAAACCGAAGGAAGUAUCGAGAACUGACUCAUUGUAUCCAAGUGGACAUCAACAUAGUCAAAACAUAUCAGGAAAGAAUAAUAUGAUUGAAUCUGUAUCAAAAAGGAAGAGCAAUAACAACCUCAAUGUGCCCAAACCACCAGCAAUGAAGAUUACUACCCCCAUCAAAUCUGCUUUAAAAAAGACAAAUAUUACAGAAAGUAACUCUCCAAUAUUUCCAGAUACAUCGCCAGCUAAUGGUGCAUAUCUUUCUUUAACGACUGCAGAAAAUACGAGGAAAAAUGCGUUAUUAUCAAGCCCUGAGGAUAUUGGUAGGAAACCGAGUAUUAUCGCUAGAACUCAAGUUUCAAGGCCUCCAUCUUAUAUAUAUCGCCCUAAGAAUUCACUUUCAAAUGGGAUUUCAAAUCCAUCAACAUCAACAUCAACAUCACCAUCAUCGAAAAAAGCCAAUUACACAGGAGAACUACUUCCUAAUGCUAUACCGAACAGUAAUUUAAAACUUACUAAGGCUAACUCAUCAUUGGCAGUAUAUACGGCGAAUAAGACAUCACAAAAUGAUGGCCUUCAGGGAAGUCCAAUUAAAACAAAUAGUAGGAAGUCCGUUAGGAGUAACUAUAACCCAAACUAUCACAGUUGUAAAAUGUCUAAUAGCAGUACGACUAGAAAAUCAAAUGAAGUAAAAAAACAAAUAUCUCAAAACAAUUUGAAUAAUAUAUUAUAUCCAAAGGAACCACCCGCCAAAAAAUCAAGUUUUGAGAAACUAAGGACUGUCGAUGAUUCACAUUUAGGUUUCAAAAUAAUGUCACUAAGAGAUGAAGCUAUUUUGAGCCGUCAAGAGGAUUUACAGAAUGAUAUAAGAUACCAAAAAAUGGAAGGUAAAGAUGCAAACAUUACUUCCGGAGAUCAGAAAGCUUGGAAAUCAAGAUUCCAGGAUUCUGACUCUGAUUCGGAGGAACCAUAUGACGCCAGAGGCACUCAAAAUCAUGAAUCACCGUCCUCCAGGAAUGAAAAAUCAAAACGGUUUUCAUUAUUUAAGAUUAUGAGUAAUAAUGAAGAAAAUCAUUCUUCUCAAAAUCCUAAUAAAAACUUACGAUCUAGCGGAGUUAAUUCAUCUGGGAAUGUUUCAAAGAAAUUUAGUAUGGGUAACUUGAUAAAGACAAACACCAAUGAUAGCAAUUCGUCACCGGUUAUGGGGAACAGCACUUUAGAUCAACAACAUAAUUUAUCACCAGUUCAGCAAAUAGAUGCAAGACAUCAAAACAAUAGCACCAACCUAACAGCCUCAGAAAAUGAUGAUAAGAAAACAAAUGUAUUCGGCAAAAAACUAAAAAAAUUAUUUGGUAGAAAAAAAUAG